UUUCUGUUGUUAAAGUUCGCGCCUUUCUUUUUUGUUGUUCAUUUUUUUCUUCCAAUUCCACCACAGCAGAACAUUUACCGCGCGAAUUUAUAUUGUUGGACAGAUUCUGCCAAAUCAAAAACGCUUUUAUUUUGCAACUACAAAGAUUCAGAAUGUUUGGACGUAUCGCCUCACCGCUGACACGGCAGCUGCGGACUGCACAGCUCGCCAAGGCUUCAGCAGCAAACAUGACUCCGCGCGCGUUGCAGCUGCUGCGGAGCCAGAAUCUCAGCACCACUAGCCCGGCGAUGAUUCGCGUCAGAAAUCCGUCAGAGAGCAUUCCUGAGACACCUGAAAAGCCCGCUAGCGACGAGUCUUCCACAAGCGACAAGCAGUCAACAAAUCAGGGUGAUAGCAUAGCUGCAGAGAAGCCCGAGGCAGCUGCCGAGUCGCAGGCCGAGCAGUUCAACGAUGCCUCUGCAGCCAAGCAGAAGCCCUCGACGGCAUCGCCAUUCGGAUUCUCAUCGACGGGCAGCGGCAUGGCCAGCGGAAUUCUUGGCGAGGAGCCUGUCUCGGAGGAUUCCCAGGCAAAGGAUCAUCAGCAGCACCGCGACGGCAUGAGCGCGGCCGAGGCCAGGCGCGCACGCCGGCAGCGCGCAGACUUGCCCCCGCUGGAGGACGAGCCCAAGAUCAAGGCUGCAAAGUAUAUUGGCACUGGUCUUGUUUUUGGCCUACUUAUUGGUGGCAUUGGGUACUACGGCCGCCCGUUCACUGCUGCGGAUGCAGAGAAGGGCCUCAAGGACGACCCGGAGAAAAGCGCAGUGCAGCAGCUGUGGCACCGCGCGACCACACGUGCCGGCAAUACGUUCUCCUUCCUCUCGGAGCCGGCGACCGAGAAGCUGCUGCCGGACCAAAACGAGUACACUAUGCCCUACACGCUGGUCCUCUGCCUGGAUGACAUGCUGAUCCACAUGGACUGGACCAAGGAGUACGGAUGGCGCAUCGCCAAGCGCCCCGGAUUGGACCACUUUUUGGCGUACAUGGCCAGUAUGUUUGAGGUUGUAGUUUUCUCGACGCAGCCCAGCCACAGCGGCAUGACGGUGAUGGAGCGGCUCGAUCCGCUCGAGUACGCGCCGUACAGGCUGUACAAGGACCACAUGCGCAACAUUGACGGCAAGAACUACAAGGACCUGAGCACAAUCAACCGCGACAUGUCCAGAGUUAUUAUGAUUGACAUCAGCCCCGAGGCGUUCACCAUGCAGCCUGACAACGGGCUUCUGGCCAGGCCCUUCCGCGGCGAGCCCAGCGACAACUGGAUCAGUCAAAUCACUGAGUUCCUCGAGUACAUCCACAUGAUGGAGCCCAAGGAUGUGCGGCCGUGGAUCAAGACAUACAAGGAUAAGGACGCCGCUCAGGAGUUUGUGCGGUGGGAGGACUCGAUCCGCCAGAAGUUGGUCGAGGACUGGGAGGAGAAGCGCAAGACCGCAGGCAGCUGGAAGUCCCUGGUCUUUGGCGGCGCCCCUGCGGAUACUGAGAACCCGCCGCAGCCCGAGUUUGACCAGAUGCGCAAGAUGAUGCGCGACAACUUUGAAAUUCAGCACAAGGAGGUCUUGGCGAUGAUUGAGAAGGAGCGCCAGCAGAACGAGGAGGAGGUUAAGCGCCAGAUGAAGGACAUGACUCUGUGGAAGAUGAUGUCGCAGAGUCUUGGAAAUGGGGCUGCGCCCGACGCUAACGCCGCUGUGACUGGGCAGCAGCAAAAGUAAAAAAAAUAGAGAGACAAUAGUAUUGUUUUAAGAGCUUGGACAAAAUUUAUUAGUAUUAUUGAAUUCAUAUAAAAUUAUUUAUUGUUUUGGAGCGCAAAACUGCCUUCGUAUUUGUUUGGUUAGUAUUAAAAAUAGG